AUUCCGUAAUCAGUUGGUUCAACUCUGUCCUCCGGUACGGUCGCGUUUUUUGGGUCGUCGGUGGAAGAUUCGUUGGUGUGGUUCUUCGAUUGUGAUUUAAACUGUUCAAUCAGCCAUCUCUUUUACCAAUCUCUAGUUCGGCAGCUUUUCAUCCGGUGAAUAAGAUUUAAACCAGUUAAAAAUGGCCUCCAAAUUCAAGAAGGAAAAGAUCGGAAUUAUUGGCAGCGGUUUGAUCGGCCGAUCAUGGGCCAUGCUGUUCGCCGGCGUCGGUUACCAGGUAACCAUUUUCGAUAUCAUUCCGGAGGUGGUACAGAAGGCUCUCAAAGACACCCGGGAGGAGCUGGAAAAUCUGGAACGCAAUGGGCUGCUACGUGGUACCCUCACGGCGGCGGAACAAUUUGCGUGCAUUCGAGGCUCGUUCAACUUGAAGGAAACCGUCGACGGUGCCCUGUUCCUGCAGGAAUGUGUUCCGGAAAAUAUCGAGCUCAAGAAGAAGCUCUACAAGGACCUGGACGCCGUUGUUGGAAACAAUACAAUUAUUUCCAGCUCCACCAGCACCUUUGUGCCGUCGCUCUUCAGCAAGGACUUGAAGCAUAAGGAUCAGGUUCUCGUAUCUCAUCCGGUCAACCCACCCUACUACGUGCCACUGGUGGAAAUCGUCCCGGCGCCGUGGACCAAACCACAGUACACGGCCAAAACACGUGAACUGAUGACAGAAAUCGGUCAAAAGCCAGUGACUCUGUCCCGAGAGAUCGAAGGUUUCGCCCUGAAUCGCAUCCAGUACGCCAUUCUGAACGAAACCUGGCGCUUGGUAGCCGAUGGGAUUCUGAGCGUUAAGGACAUCGACAGUGUCAUGUCCGAUGGGUUGGGUAUGCGAUAUGCCUUCCUGGGACCUCUGGAAACGGCUCACCUCAAUGCAGAAGGUAUGCUCAGCUAUUGCGAUCGAUACUCAAACACAAUCUACGCCGUCAGCCAAACGAUGGGCCCAACUCCCAAAAUGGAUGGGAAGGUUGCGCAGCAGGUGUCCAAGGAGCUGGAGCAGAUGGUGCCGCUGGACAAACUGCCGGAGCGACGUGCCUGGAGGGAUGCUUGCCUAACCAAGCUGGCACAGCUGAAGAAGACUAUCUAAACUAGUCGAGGCCUCGUCGAUUGUGAAUUUCGUGCUAGAGUUUUAUGUUUGCGUGCCAUGGAUAUUUCCCUACUUGUUUGUAAGUGUCAGAGGAACGUUUUUAAAGUGUUUUUAAAAACUUUUGUUUUUAUCGUUUUCGAAUUUGUUUCCGAUUGUUGUUUUCAUAUUUUUUUAUGAAUAAAAUUUUAAUUUUAGCAUUUAAA